AACGAUGCAGCGGGCGGCGGUGCUAGCUCGGCGGGGCUGCGGUCUCCGGCCCCUGGGCUCCUGGGGCCGAAGUCAGAGCAGCGCAGCCGCCGAGGCCUCGGCUGUGCUCAAGAUGCGGCCCGAACGGAGCCCGCGAGAGCGCAUCCUCACGCUCGAGUCCAUGAACCCGCAGGUGAAGGCGGUGGAGUACGCGGUGCGGGGCCCCAUCGUGCUCAAAGCCGGCGAGAUCGAGCUGGAACUGCAGCGGGGUAUCAAGAAACCGUUCACAGAGGUCAUCCGCGCCAACAUUGGGGACGCCCAGGCCAUGGGCCAGCAGCCAAUCACCUUCCUCCGACAGGUUAUGGCCCUCUGCACCUACCCUAACCUGCUGGACAGCCCCAGCUUCCCAGAAGACGCUAAGAAACGCGCGCGGAGGAUCCUGCAGGCUUGUGGCGGGAACAGCCUGGGGUCUUACAGUGCUAGCCAGGGUGUCAACUGCAUCCGGGAAGAUGUGGCUGCCUACAUCACCAGGAGAGAUGGCGGCGUGCCCGCGGAGCCCGACAACAUCUACCUGACCACUGGCGCCAGCGAUGGCAUUACUACGAUCCUGAAGAUCCUCGUCUCGGGGGGCGGCAAGUCUCGGACAGGCGUGAUGAUCCCCAUCCCUCAGUACCCUCUCUACUCGGCCGUCAUCUCCGAGCUCGACGCCGUCCAGGUGAGCUACUACCUGGACGAGGACAACUGCUGGGCCCUGAACGUGAACGAGCUGCGGCGAGCCGUGCGGGAGGCCAAAGACCACUGUGACCCCAAGGUGCUCUGCAUCAUCAACCCCGGCAACCCCACAGGUCAAGUGCAAAGCAGAAAGUGCAUCGAAGACGUGAUCCACUUUGCUUGGGAAGAGAAGCUCUUUCUUCUGGCGGAUGAGGUAUACCAGGACAACGUGUACUCUCCCGACUGCAGAUUCCACUCCUUCAAGAAGGUGCUGUACGAGAUGGGGCCAGAGUAUUCCAGCAACGUGGAGCUGGCCUCGUUCCACUCGACCUCCAAGGGCUACAUGGGCGAGUGUGGCUACAGAGGAGGCUACAUGGAGGUGAUCAACUUGCACCCUGAGAUCAAGGGCCAGCUGGUGAAGCUGCUGUCUGUGCGCCUGUGUCCCCCUGUCUCAGGACAGGCCGCUAUGGACAUUGUUGUGAACCCCCCAGUUCCAGGAGAGGAGUCCUUCGAGCAGUUCAGCCGGGAAAAGGAGUCUGUCCUGAGUAAUCUGGCCAAAAAGGCAAAGCUGACAGAAGACCUGUUUAACCAAGUUCCAGGAAUUCACUGCAACCCCCUGCAGGGAGCCAUGUACGCCUUCCCUCGGAUCUUCAUCCCCGCCAAAGCCGUGGAGGCAGCGCAGGCUCACAAGAUGGCCCCAGACAUGUUCUACUGCAUGAAACUGCUCGAGGAGACUGGCAUCUGCGUGGUGCCUGGGAGCGGUUUCGGUCAACGAGAAGGCACCUACCACUUCAGAAUGACCAUUCUGCCUCCAGUGGAGAAGCUGAAGACAGUUUUAGAAAAAGUGAAAGAUUUCCACAUAAAGUUCCUGGAGACGUUCGCGUGA